ACAAACCAAAUGUCAUCAGUUAAUAUGGCUGCUACAAAAAGUCGUCGACAAUAAUGUUAGCCAUCGAAUAGGUUUUGUAAUUUUUAUCAAACUAAAGACCUGACUGAAAUCAAAAAAAAACUUGUACAAAAACAUCUUAUCAAGGGUACCCAUGCGGGUGGAACCGUUUUCGUUAGGGAUUGUGUGCAUUUUGCAAUAAAAGCCAUCGAAUUAGUUUUGGUUAAUCAGAAAAAAAGAAGCGAAGGAGUGUGUUGUGCCAACUCAGUAUACAAGAAAGAAUUGUGUCAUUUAUGGUGUAUUGUUCGAGUGAGAAACGGCGAUAAGUGAAUAAUCGGUGACCAUACACACAAUACACACAAGGGGAGUGCAUACAUAACUCGCACCGCUCACACCUGUAUGUUGAAGUUGCAAGUGCCGACCAUAAGCAAAAUUCACCGUAGUCGCACAUAUUCUAUUAAUUGAUGCUGAUUUUUUUUAUUACCAAUCAACGCUAUUGUUGUUCGACUGAUUGAGACGAUUUUGAAGGUGUGACUAAUUGUAGCGAUUACAAUAUAGGAGAUUGAGAGAAUAAUUUUUUGUGUUAGGAUAUUUAAGUUCAUUUCACAUUCCGGUGCUAUUUAAACAGAAGCUUUUGAGCUAGUUUUCUUUUUAAUUGUGUAGUUUUUGUAGAUUCACUCGAUUCAAAAUGUCAUCGUCAGCUAUUUUCGUACUCGAUGUCAAGGGAAAGGUGUUGAUCUCACGAAACUAUCGUGGUGAUAUAGAUUUGUCGGUGAUUGAUCGAUUUAUGCCGUUGCUGAUGGAAAAAGAGGAGGAAGGUCUUAUCACACCAAUUAUUCAAAUAGCCGAAUGCACAUUUGCCUACAUCAAAACGAAUAAUUUGUACAUAGUGUCGGUGACGAGAAAGAAUGCCAAUAUUGCGUUGGUGUUUGUGUUUCUGCAUAAAAUUGCUCAAGUGUUCAUCGAGUACUUCAAGGAGCUGGAGGAGGAGAGUAUUCGUGAUAAUUUUGUGGUUGUGUACGAAUUACUUGAUGAGCUUAUCGAUUUCGGGUAUCCGCAAACAACCGAUAGCAAAAUUUUGCAGGAAUAUAUCACACAAGAAGGUCACAAGUUGGAGAUUCAACCGCGUAUACCGAUGGCCGUAACAAAUGCCGUGUCCUGGCGUUCCGAAGGCAUUAAAUAUCGCAAGAAUGAAGUAUUUUUGGAUGUGAUCGAAAGUGUCAAUUUGUUGGCCAACGCCAAUGGCAAUGUGUUGCGCAGUGAAAUUGUUGGUGCGAUAAAGAUGCGCGUGUAUUUGUCUGGAAUGCCCGAGCUACGACUAGGCUUGAAUGACAAAGUUCUGUUCGAGAGCACCGGCCGUGGAAAAUCGAAAUCCGUCGAACUAGAAGACGUCAAAUUCCAUCAAUGCGUUCGAUUGUCACGCUUCGAAAACGAUCGAACCAUUUCAUUCAUCCCGCCAGAUGGAGAGUUCGAAUUGAUGUCGUAUCGUUUGAAUACACACGUUAAACCAUUGAUUUGGAUCGAAUCGGUCAUCGAACGACACGCUCAUUCGCGUGUUGAGUACAUGAUUAAGGCGAAGUCACAAUUCAAACGACGAUCGACGGCAAAUAAUGUUGAAAUCGUAAUUCCAGUGCCGGCCGAUGCAGAUUCACCCAAAUUCAAGACCACCAUCGGCAGUGUGAAAUAUGCACCGGAGCAGAAUGCUAUCACAUGGACAAUUAAGUCAUUCCCGGGCGGCAAAGAGUAUUUGAUGAGAGCUCACUUUGGACUGCCAAGCGUUGAAUGUGAAGACAGCGAAGGCAAACCACCAAUUCAAGUGAAAUUCGAAAUUCCAUACUUUACCACGUCUGGUAUCCAGGUGCGUUACUUAAAAAUCAUCGAGAAGAGUGGCUAUCAAGCGUUGCCUUGGGUGCGUUACAUCACACAGAACGGAGAUUAUCAGCUUAGAACGAACUAAUUUUGAAUGCGCGCGCACGCUUGUUUUUUAACAUCUAAACAACAGCAACAUAUUUGUAAAUUCGCGACGAAAGAUCUACCAAUUCGGCCAUUAAUUUUUAAAAAAACAGAAUUGUCCACAACAUUUUAUUAUUAUUAUCUGUAAAUCUCUGUGCAGUGAAGACCAUCCAAUUGGAAAUAAAGUUUAACUAGUAAUUGAAACAAAAGAAA